AUGCAGGCGAUUCUGGCACAAUCUUCGGAUCUUGAUGAGGCGCUAGAUAGUUUUGGAGACAAAGGGCAGAAGUCAUGGACCGCUGAAGAGAAGCGAAAGGAUCGUAAGGCUCUGUCUCUGAUUCAACUUCAUCUACAUAAUGAUAUUUUGCAAGAAGUGCUGCAGGAGAAAACUACCGUAGAACUUUGGCUCAAGCUGGAAUCGAUCUGCAUGUCCAAGGAUCUAACCAGUAAGAUGCAUGUGAAGAUGAAGUUGUUCACGCACAAGCUGCAAGAAGGUGGUUCGAUGAUGAACCACUUAUCGAUCUUUAAGGAGAUCGUUGCCGACCUAGUGUCGAUGGAGAUCAAGAUACAUGAUGGCAUGAUACGCACACUGAAAGAUGUGAGACACAUACCAGGGAUGGCUAGAAAUCUCAUCUCCCUCAACACACUUGAUGCCGAGGGGUACAUACACUCCGGUUCUGGUGGAGUAUGUAAGGUAUCAAAAGGCUCUCUCAUUCAUAUGAUAGGUGAUAUGAAUUCUACAAAGUUAUAUGUUCUUAGAGGAAGUACUUUACGUGGUUCCGUCACUGCUGCUACUGUUUCUAAUGAUGAAUCAAGUAAAACUAAUCUCUGGCAUAUGCGUCUUGGGCAUAUGAGUGAACUUGGUAUGGCAGAAUUGAUCAAGACAGACCUGUUGGAUGGCUGCACUAUGGGUAAGAUGAAGUUCUAUGAGCACUGUAUUUUUGGUAAGCACAACAGGGUAAAGUUCAAUGCAUCUGUUCAUAUCACCAAAGGUACACUUGAUUAUGUACAUGUUGAUUUAUGGGGGCCGUCUCGUAAGCCCUCUUAUGGUGGUGCUCGUUACAUGCUUACCAUUAUUGAUGAUUACUCAAGAAAAGUGUGGCCUUAUUUUUUGAAAAAUAAAGAUGAUACUUUUGCUGCUUUUAAAGAGUGGAAAGUUAUGAUAGAAAGACAAACUGAAAAGAAGCCUCAAAAUCAGUCUAUUGCAGAUCGUAGAACAAAGAGGAAUUGUGGACCUCGUCCACAUUUAAUUGAGGAAUGUGAUAUGGUUCAUUAUGCCUUUAGUUGUGCUGAACAGGUGGAGAACAUUUAUGAGCCGGCUACAUACACUGAAGCUGUUGUUUCUGCUUUACAAUGUGCUAGUACGAAUGAGGAUUUUGAGUACAUGUCAAGAGUUCCAUAUUCUAAUGAUGUUGGUUCUUUGAUGUAUGCCAUGGUUUGCUCUCGUCCCGAUUUAUCAUAUGCUAUGAGUUUGGUUAGUAGAUACAUGGCUAAUCCUGGUAAAGAAUAUUGGAAGGCUGUUCAGUGGAUUUUUAGGUACCUUUGUGGCACAACAAAUGCUUGUUUGAAGUUUGGCAAGACUGAUAAGGGAUUCACUGGCUAUGUGAAUUCAGAUUUUGCUGUCGAUUUGGAUAAGAGAAGAUCUCUCACAGGUUAUGUGUUCACUAUUGGUGGUUGUGCUAAUACAUGGCUGUUGCUGAAGCAUGUAAAGAAUCGGUUUGGUUGA